AUGGCGGUCAACGGAAUGGACAUCACGGGCCACCUGAAAAAGGGCGAGGUGAACCUGGGAACAUCCAUCAUGGCUGUCGCUUACGACAAGGGUGUCAUUCUGGGCGCAGAUUCACGCACUACCAUGGGCAGCUACAUCGCCAACCGAGUCACAGACAAGCUCACGCACCUUUCAGACCGCAUCUACUGCUGUCGUUCCGGAUCUGCAGCCGACACACAAGCGAUCGCCGACAUUGUCACGUACUACCUCGACAUGUACGCUGUCGAAUCCGACUCUCCACCCCAAACCAAGGUGGCUGCGAACCUGUUCCAAGAGAUCGUAUACCAGAACAAGGACAGGUUGUCAGCAGGAAUCAUCGUCGCCGGCUGGGACAAGAAGGACGGUGGCAGAGUAUUCAACGUGCCCCUCGGAGGCGGUGUAUUCGAACAACCAUGGGCAAUCGGUGGAAGCGGUAGCACCUACAUCUACGGCUACUGCGAUGCAACAUGGAAGGCUGGUUGGGGCAAGCACCAAACCAUCGAGUUUGUAAAGAACGCACUCGCACUCGCAAUGAGAAGAGACGGCUCCUCAGGCGGAACCAUCCGUCUCGUCGACAUCACAGAGGACGGCGUAGAACGUCAUUUUGUCCCCGGUGACCAGCUGCCAGAACUCGCCGACAAAAUUGUAUAA